GCACAAAUAGGGGCCGGAGCGGGCGGGCGCGGCAGACGCGGAGGCAGCGGCGAAGGGGCGCCGGGCCCUACUGCAGCGUAGCGACCGCCGGGCGGCAGGUCUCGGAGCAGCGCCCAGCCCCGGCGGCGGAGAGGGGGCUGCGGGCGCCACCGGGGGCCCGCACCGACGCCUGCCCGGGCGCAGCCUGUCCCCUGGAGCCAUGAGCUCAUCCCCAGAGGAGCCACCUUGCCCGCUCUUGUCAGGCCCAGCCAAGCUCUGCAUAGCCAGGUCCUGCUUCGCUGAGGAUUCCCCGUCCCUGCUGACGGGCAGCGCGGCCCGGCGCAAGCGGGAGUUCACCCCGGAGGACAAGAAGGACGACGGCUACUGGGACAAGCGCAAGAAGAACAACGAGGCGGCCAAGCGCUCGCGGGAGAAGCGGCGCGUCAAUGACCUGGCGCUGGAGAGCCGGGUGCUGGUGCUGCUGGAGGAGAACGCCCGGCUCAAGGCCGAGCUCCUGGCCCUCAAGUUCCGCUUCAGCCUAAUCCGUGAGCCGGCCGAGCCCCCACGGCCGGCCGCUACGCCUGCCCCCUACCUGUACCCGCUGGGCACCGAGCCCCUGCCGCCGCCACGCUACGGCCGCUCCUUCCAGCCAGAGCUGGGCGGAGGGUACUCCGAGGACUCCGGGUUCUCCACGCCCGGCAGCUCCAGCAUGGGCAGCCCCGUCUUCUUUGAGGAGCGGGAUGGGUUCGAGGGGCACUGCCUGGUGCCCGAGGCCCCCGGGGAGGCGGUGGAGGCAGGCCGGGGCGGGCGCUAUGACCCGGCGGGGGAUGCCAUCAAGAGCCUGCCCCACAAGCUGCGCUUCAAGAUGGCUGGGGGGCCCGAGGAGCUGGGGGGUGAGGCCCAGGCCCCCUAUGCCCUGUCGCCACCCGCCGGCGACUGGCGGGGGGGCGCUGCUGGAGGGGAGGACCAAAGGAAUGGGGCAGCCGGGGUGGGGGCUGCGUCGUUUGGGGGGUGCUAUGACACUGGGGGGUCGUCCCCCCUCCAACUCCAGGAGCCCGGGUACCAGACGGAGAACGGUGCCCUCCGGAGCCAGCUGGCAUCACUGUCGGCUGAGGUGGCUCAGCUGAAGAAGUUCUUCUCCGAACAGAUCCUGGUCAAGAUGAACUGAGGGGUGCUGUGGGGGGAGGGAAGGGAGUGGCUGGGAGCAGGUGUGGGUUAUCAUCUCCCCUCCCUAGGGCCCUUCCCCCCAUGUUAAUUUACCCCCUCCCCAUGUAUAUUUGUACAGAUUUCUGCCCCGUGGGGCGUCUGUGGGUUUUUCUAUCAUGUAUCCAUUGCCAGAGACUUUUAAAAUAAUAAACAUGUUUCUUGGGGGAUGCACCCCUGUU